AUGUUCAAAGCUACUGCUAUUUGUGGAAGUGCUUUAUCCAAGCGGACUAACAAAGUCAAAAUCCAGCUUUUAAAGGAUUUCCCCAUGUUUCAAUUAUUCAAAGGACAAGUAGUUCAGGUGAAACCAUCGUUCAUGCGUAACUAUCUGCACAAUUAUAAUGGGGCACGCUACAUACUGAAGGACACAGAUAUUGAUGAGACUCUUCUGGCCCAAAGCAGAGAAAUAGAAGCGUCAAAGAACACUAUUGAUAAGGCAGCGAACCUCACACUGGGCGGCAAGAAAGAAAUGAAGAAGGAAGCUAAGUCAGAGGUUGCCGAGGAGAAACCCAAGCCAAAGGGAAUUUUGGAGAAUGAUAUAACCAUAAAGGACGUAAAGAUUCCAGGCCUUGAUCUCUAG